AAUAUGUAAAUAGAAAUAAAGCUGUCUAAAUAUGCAAACUACAGACGAGAAAGCGAAAAAAGUUGGUCUCUUGUUUGAAAAUAACUCGUAAAGCUGCAGUCGAUGUUUAGCCGACGCAGCCGAUUCCGAACAAUAAGCAAAGGGUGCUGCCAUUUUGAUUUUGUCCUUCGCUUUCGUCCUGUGCGGUGUGCGGGUUCGUCGCUUAGGAUAAAAGGUGUCCUCUGUUGAAUUGUGCGUUAUUCUUCAUUGGAUUGCAACUGACGCCUCUGUGGCGAGCAUGACAUCCAGGCUAGCUUUAAUAGCGUCUCUGAAGACGUCCUGCAGUCGCGCGUUGAGCGCGCAGGCUGCUGCCCGGCCUCAGAUACAGAACUCACAAAAUAGGCAACAUGCGGAGGAGCUGCGAACAACCAUCCUCGAAAAUGGGCUGACAAUUCACUCGCGAGAAAAUCAUUCCCCAAUUAGCAGAGUAGUUAUCGUUACGAAAGCUGGAGCGCGGUACGAAAACGGCUCAAACCUGGGUCUUACCCACGUUCUUCGUAGCGUUGCUGGACUCACCACAAAGAAUUCGUCAACCUUUGCCAUCACGAAGAAUAUCGAAUGGGUCGGUGGCAACUUGUACGCCGCAUCAACGCGCGAUCACCUCAUUUACACCCUUGAAUGCAACCGUGACCACGUUGCCUUAGCUGUCGGAUUUAUGAAUGAUAUCGUUUUUGCGCCUGAGUUCCGUCCAUGGGAGCUCGAGGAUGCGAUUCCACGUCUACGAGUCGAAUUGGCACUUUACAAGAACAACCAGGCCGCCAGACUUAUGGACGCCCUACACAAAGCUAGUUUCCGAGGAGGUUUGGCCAACUCAUUGUUCAUUCGACCUGAGUUACUUGGCAAAAUCAAACAGUCUCAACUGAAAGAAUUCUCCAGCUCGCAUAUCACUGGACCGCGCACUGUGGUAUCAGCUAUGGGCGUCGAUCAUGAACGUUUGGUGCAUGUUUACAAAAAUCUCACGAAGAUUCCAAGCAGCUCGGCAGAUGAUGGGUCCGCUUCCCGAUUCAAUGCCAGCGGAGGAGAGGUGCGUGUCGAGAUGCCUAAGUGCCGGAACACGAUGGUGGCCUUGGCAAUAGAAGCGAGCGGUCUCGCCAAUCAGAAGGAGGCUCUGGCAUUUGAGGUGGUUAAGCACAUUCUUGGUAUGUCAAAGGCUCGGGUGCCUUACUCAGAGCUGACGUGCACCAAACUGGGUCAGGCAGCGCUUGCUUCCAAGCCCGCGCAUCCAUUCUCCGUUGGCGCCUUUACUGCGGCUUAUUCUAACACGGGAUUAUUUGGAGUCGCUGUGGCGGCUCACCCAAAAGAGAUCGGCAGUGUAGUAAAAACGGCCGUAGCUACAGUCCGUUGCCUUUCUCAAGGCGUUUCGGACGCAGAACUUAGUGCUGCAAAACUGAAGGCGAAAUACGCAAUUGCCAAGCGUGAAUCAAAGGCCACUAAAGUUGCCCGAAACAUUGCCAUUCAACAACUCACUCAGGGGGCUCCCCUUAGUUAUGAGCAUGCCGUACAGGUGAUCGAUUCAAUUUCGGCCCAAGAUAUCAGCUCAAUAGCCCAGAAAAUGUCUCGCGUCAAGCCUUCGAUUGCCGCGACCGGAAUACUGUACGACACGCCUCAUUUGGACGAACUGCUUCAAUAGAUGCCCUCAACAUCGUUGAGAAUAAUAGAAAUAACAAUAGCUUAACUACUGCAGUCUUUACUGGCAAUAACAACAACAAUAAACAUUUAAAAAGAGGCAUCAUAUAGUCAGUUUUUUCGUAUUGUUUUUAUUAAAAACUUUGACUGCGUCGACAUUGAAUGCCGUAAAACUAAAGGUGAUUCGGCAGUUGCCUGGCCUUUGUUAGAGGUUUCUCAUAAAUUAUAUCAUCGGAACAGCCAAGUUACUAAAUAAAAUCAGAAACUCUUUAUGCCUGAGUACAGCUGAUUGGUAUAAACGUUCGAUAUAAACAUCUCAAAAAGUAGUUGAAAAAAAAAGCACAUCUUAAAUUUCGAUUAAUUUAAUGUUGAGGUUGCGAAGCAGUGUUAAGGCUUGUACAUGCCUGCUAAUAGGCUGACGCAUUACGGUCAGUGGUGCUAAGAGUUCUACUCUGACAAAUAAAGAAUGAAAGAAAUGAAUGGAAGUAAAUAAACAAUUUAGGUUGUUCGAAUGACAAAUGACACGAAUAAAUAGGGAGCAGAGGUAAAAAAAAGAACGCUUA